AUGGGUUCUUGCUCUGGAAAGCCUCCUAAAAAUGAUUCUGUUACUAAGAAUUCAAGUAAUAAAAAGGAAUCAGACAAAACUUCUCCUUAAAAACUUAAUGAUGGUAUUUCUAUAUUCUUGAAUUAUAGCUUAAAAUCCUCUUGGUAAUCUUAUCAUAACAAGUGAAAAGUUAGGACGUAUUACUAAAGAUUAUACACUCUUGAAUCCACCAUUAGGAAGUGGUAUGAUAAAUUAUUUAAUCUUAUCUAGGUGCAUAUGGUGAAGUAAGAAAAGCUAUUCAUAAAAGCACAAAUCUCAUGAAAGCUGUAAAAAUUAUACACAAAUCUUAAACAAGUAAGGAAGAAUAAGAAAGAUUGAUGAAUGAAGUUAAUAUGCUAUAAAAAUUAGUAAGAAUUAAUUAUAUUUAAGGAUCAUCCAAACAUCAUUAAGAUUUAUGAAUUUUAUUAAGAUGAAAGAUUCUUUUACAUUGUUACAGAACUAUGUACUGGAGGAGAAUUAUUUGAUAAAAUAAGAUAAGAAGGUAGUUUCUCAGAAAAAAAAGCUGCUGAUAUCAUGAAAUAAAUAUUAUCUGCAAUCAAUUAUUGUCAUGAUGAGAAAAUUGUUCAUAGGUAAUAAAUAUUAUUAUUUAUAUAUAUAUAGAGAUUUAAAACCAGAAAAUCUACUUUAUGAAUCUGAAAAAGAAAAUUCUAUGCUCAAAAUUAUUGAUUUUGGUACUUCCAAAGAAUUUGUUCCAAAUUAAAAAUUAAAUUAGAAAUUAGGCACACCUUAUUAUAUUGCACCUGAAGUUCUAAAAAAGAAAUAUGAUGAAAAAUGCGAUAUAUGGUCAUGUGGUGUUAUUCUAUAUAUUUUAUUAUGUGGGUAUAUAACUUAUUAUUUUAUAUUAUUAGAUAUCCACCAUUUGAUGGCAAAACUGAAGAAAAAAUAAUGGAAAAGGUUUCAAAAGGUGCUUAUUCAUUUGAAACUUAAGAGUGGGAAGAAGUAUCUAAAGAGGCUAAAGAUUUUAUUAGGAAAAUGUUACAAAUUGAACCUAGUAUUUUAUUAAUUUUAUUUUAAGAUAAGAGAUACAGUGCCCAAUAAGCUUUGAAUGAUCCAUGGAUUAAAAAAUUUACAAAUCCAACUUAAUUUGAUAAACCUUUAAUGACUAAAGUGUUAACAAAUAUGAGAAAGUUUACAGAAUAAUAAAAAUUAUAAGAAGCUGUUUUUAAAUUUAUAGUUAAUUAAUUGGCAACCAAAGAAGAAAAGGCUGAAUUAUUAAAGAUUUUCUAAUGUUUGGAUACAAAUCAAGAUGGAAAAUUAAGUAAAGAGGAAUUAUUAGUUGGUUAUUCUAAGAUUAUGAAACCAAUUGAAGCUGCAGAAGAAGUUAAUCGUAUAUUCUAAUAGGUAGAUAAAAAUAAUUCUGGAUCAAUUGAUUAUACAGGUUUAUUAUUAUCCAUCUAAAAUUAGAAUUUGUUAUUGCCACUAUUGAUAGACAAUAAUUAUUAUCCAAACAAAGAUUACAAGUUACUUUUCGUAUGUUUGAUAAAGUAUAAUAAACAAUUAUAUUUAGGAUAAAAGUGGAAGUAUAACUAUAGAUGAAUUGAAAGAAAUUUUUAGUGGAAUACCAGAAGAUAUGUGGAAAUAAGUAGUAAAAGAAUUUGAUUCUAAUUCUGAUGGAUAAAUUUCAUUGGAAGAAUUUUUUACAAUGAUGAAAAAAAUCGAUUGA